CCGCCUCAUUUUUCUAUGCGAGUGCUUUAUCUUGUGUUUGUAGUAUCUUUGCUACCAUGCACAAAACAGAAAAAACGCUAUGACACGUGCGGGGGUUGUUGGUUUAGGCCCUAUUCUAAUACAUAUUUACAAAAAUUACAAUUCCGAAAAUUGCAGACAGUAGGGAAGCUUGAAAGUCCAAAACCUCAAGGAAAAUAUCCAACUGGACAGCUUUUUCUUCACAAGGUAUUUGGUUACAGAGGUAUUUUGUUAUUCCCAUGGCUUGCAAGACUUUAUGAUCGUGAUGUAGCAAGUAAAAAAGAUGAAAGUCCACAGAUUGAGAAUGAUGGGGAGCACAUCCAUGCAGGUAACAAGGAGGUUCAGGGCAAGACGCAUACUUACUACCAAGUACUGAUUGACUCCAGAGAUUGUCCAUUCAUUAGAGCUCAAACAGAGGCAGUAACAUUUUUAGGAAAUCAAGAAAACAACAGAUCUUUGUAUGCUAUCCCAGGAUUAGACUAUGUUGCACAUGAAGAUAUUCUACCAUACUCAUCAGCAGAUAAAACACCUGUGCAACAUGAACUGUUUGAUAAAUUUCUAGAAUUAAAACAAGGACAAGAACCACCGUUUGUCCCAAAGGAUACAUUAAAAGCAUGGCAAGAAAAGAACCAUCCGUGGUUGGAAUUGUCUGAUGUUCACCGUGAGACUACGGAGAAUGUGCGUGUGACUGUCAUACCAUUUUACAUGGGCACACGUGUUUCAGAGGAUUCAAGCGUAUACUGGUGGAGAUAUUGCAUUCGUCUGGAGAACCUAGGUACAGAAACUGUUCAGUUGCGAGAACGACAUUGGAGGAUAUUCAGCUUAUCGGGGACGCUGGAAACUGUGAGAGGCCGGGGAGUUGUGGGCCAGGGGUACAUUUCGGAUGGAGAGGAACGAUGGAUACACAUUCGAUUGCCGUAUUCCACCAUUCACUCUUGAGAGUAAGCAAAGUGAUGCCAGCAACCCUCAUGGAUUCUUUGGAUAAUUUAUACUUACAAUCAAGAUCUUCCUUAAUAUUAUGGUGUGCAAUACCAUACAGUGUUGAUAGUUGCUGUUGUUAAUGUCACUUUUGACAGUUAUUAACGUGGUAAUGGUAAGGGGAUGGGAUUGUACAGCCAUGGUUAUAUCAUUUAAGACUCUUAUUAGCCAUAUGUUCAUUAGUCAUACAAUGAGAUAUAAAUAUGAUUGUUUUUACAGUAUAAACAUAGUAAUAUGUCUUGGGAUUGUUGUUAGCAGUAUGAAUUAUAAUAUAAAUAAUUUGUUUGUCAUUCAUAAACGGAGCGCCUUAUAUCCUUUAGCAAAAUACACUAUAUAAAUAUCAUUAUUAUGAGAUAAGACAGGGUUGUUUCAACAAGACGUUAUCAAAUUGUAGUAUUAUUAACAAUACUAUUAUCGUUAUAAACAGUGGAUUGAAGACAACCAACAGCUUUUAAAAAUGUGAGUGCUGUUUGUCUUUAGUUUACAGUUUAUCAUGCACCGUAUAUACUUGCAUAUAAGACAAGGCUUAAAAUAGCAAAUUACGAUAAAAAAUCAGGGGGUCGUCUUAUACGUGCGACAUGCAAAUUUUAGAUUUUUUAAAUCAUGUUCAUCUUAUCUGUGGAUCACCCAUAACAUGCAAAUUUACUAUUGCAAUGAAGUUACUAACUGUUAGUAUGAAUAAUUGCAAUUUUAAAUGCAGGGAAAUAAGAUUUUGAUGAACAUUUAAAUGCCAAUAAAAUGGUAUUAUUUGGAAGAUUAGCCCUACAAUUGGCUGUGUUUUUUGCAAGUAAGAUGCAGUCUCAAGACCAUAAACAGCUCAGCAAAAAUUAGGAAUUCCGAUGGUGAAGUAGUGGUGUCAUAUUAUAUGCCUGACAUAAAAAAAUUGCCCAAAAAUCUUCUCAAACUUGGGGGUCGUCUUAUAUGCAGAUUGCCUUAUACGCCAGUAUAUACAGUAGAUUGAACGGCUACCUUUUCUAUGGUACUUUAUUAUCGUUAUAUAACUCAGAAUUGUUAAGUGGUCAUGUCAUUUGAUACCAGGAUAGGAAGCUGGCUGGUUUAAGCCGUAUAACUUUAAUUAGCCUUAUGUGUGGUAUUGUUAUGCUAAUGAGGCAGAUAAGCACAGUCUGCACAUGCUCAGAAAAACGAAAAUUUUCCUUAGUCACACUGCGUAUCAGCUAGGCGUUCAGCAGCUAGGCCUAGCUAUCUUAUUUUUGUUUAUUAUGCACCACUGACUUAGGUUGUCUGUCAUCACUUCAAGAUGUCUACCGAUUCGUGGAAAAGGCGUAUUAAAAUAAAAAAUAUUGACAUUUGUCAGCAAUACAUUAACUUUAUAUAGGUAAGAACAGUAGUAAGUAUAUGAAUAAUUUUAAUGCACUAGUUAGUUGAUAACUUCAUUCUAAUUUGUUUUGUGUCUUUUUUCUGCAUUUUUAUAAGCAGUUAGACAUGCCCAGGCUGGCCUAUGUGAUGUUCAUUGUAAUACUACAAAACAAAAUCACAUAAUUUAAAAUCAUAUUUGUAAACAUACUUGCCUUAUAUCUUAACUAGCAGGUGAUUUUAUUGGUAGAUUAGUUUGUUUUUAAGUGUGUAAGUAUGAUUGAUUUGCAUGCCAAGUGAAAUUAGUACCCUUAUUUUGCUUUGAUUUACCGUACUGUAAUUCUCGUCUAGGCCUAGCUGUACGAAUAGCCGAUACGCAGUGUGGCUAAGGAAAGUUUUGUUUUUCUGAGCAUGUGCAGAUUGUGCUUAUCUAGCUCAUUAGCAUAACAAUACCACACAUAAGGCCAAUUCAAGUUAAACGGCUUAAACCAUAGAGAAAAUAGAACAGCUUAAACCAGCCAGCUUCCUAUUGUGGUAACAGUUAAAAGUCCUUGAUUUGAUGAGGUAAAGGAUGGGACUGUUUUUUAACAGUUGGGUAUAGUAAUAUCACUCAGGAUUAUUACUAGCAGCCCUGGGCAUGGUAUGAGGAAAGGAAUGUGGUACAUUAAUACAGGCCUCCCUCCCUCUAAUUAAAGACCACUUUGGGAUUGAGGUUUCAUGGUUUUUAGUAGACAUUCGUUUAAUUUGGUACCACAGAAAAGUUGUCUUUAAUAGGAGGGGUCUUUAAUUAUAGGGAGACCAGUAUUUGUAAAUAGCUCCAUCAUAUCUUGGCUAUUAGUGUAUUACCAUGGUGAAACAGAAUAAAAAUAAGUCUACACCUUAAUUUCAUAAUAUGAAAUGGAGUGAUUCACUCUUAGAUGAGAAUGAAAUAAAACUAUAAAUUUAAUA